GCGGUGCUUGGUGCCAUGCGGCGCUGCGCGGGGCAGGCGGGCGAAGCGCAGAAGGAUGAAAGCAACGAGGACUUCGUUCAAGUCAGAAGGAGGGAUUUGGAAAGGCUGACAACUGAGGUCAUGCAAUUGCGAGAUUUCUUACCCAAGAUACUCGAUGGUGAUAUUGUGUGGACGUUCCAGAAACUGGAUGCUAUUGAAUCAAGCAUGGAGAAAAAGGAGGAGGAAAUAGAGCAGCUGAAAAUGGAUUGUGAGCACUUCAGAGCCCGCCUGGAAGCAGCCCAGACAGAUUGCAUGAGGGAGAAGAAGGAGAAACUAGACCUCCGGCAGCACCUGCGUGAGGCCAAGCAGCAGCUCCUGCAGCAAGCAGAGUAUUGCACAGAAAUGGGUGCAGCUGUCUGCACCUUGCUGUGGGGUGUAUCUAACAAUGAGGAGGCUGUUAAAACCAUUCUAGGAGGAAGCAAGGCAGCAAAGUUUUUUACUAUCACUGCACAGACUAUGGAGAGCUUUGUGAAGUCAUUAAGUGAAGACAUGAAACAGCAGGAUUUGGAUUCUGAUGAAAAUCAGUUUGUGUUAGCGUUGGCAGGGAUUGUAACAAAUGUGGCUGCACUGGCUUGUGGCCGUGAGUUCUUGGUUAGUUCAAGUCGUGACCUGUUGGACACAAUGAUGCACCUCCUGGGAGAGAUGAAGCCAGGACUUUGUACAAAGUUUAAAGUGCUAAUGCUAAUGUCACUUUACAACGUGAGUAUCAACUUGAAAGGCUUGAAGUACAUCAGUGAAAGUCCAGGUUUUAUUCCUUUGCUUUGGUGGCUCUUGAAUGGUACUUAUUUCUCCCCACAUUCCAGCACAUGGCUUUAUUGAAGGCUGGCUGAAGAUUGUGCAUAUUAACAACGAACACAUAAAUGAUGUAUGGCAAAUGGAACAAAUAACUUCUUCAGCUGUAAAACUGUAUUAUACAUUUUCAUUUGGAAUAUGCAGAAUAGAGAAUUGCAAAAAUUGUGCUUUCUAUGAGAUGCUUUUGCUAAAAUUAUAAGCAACUAAAAGCAAACGGACUGUUGUGAACAAUGAAAAGAUAAUGCUCCUAAUGUUUGAGUAAUUAAAAAUGCAUCUUGUUUUCCUAACAGUAGAGUUGUUAUGUCUUCUUAGCUUAAGCCACUCAAAGGUCUUCCUUGGUAAAUUUCUCUGAUGCAACAAUGCUGAUCUUCAAUACCCAUUUCGCUUUCAUGUAGACUGAUUUAAACUGAAAGGUUGAUGUGUUGUUGCCAAGAAAGUUUUGUAAAGAUAAAUGUUGUAUUGAGCUUUGAAGGAAUCUGAAGGCUUAUGUAAAAAAUUAAAGGAAAGCAUUGUGUUUUACUGCUGAUUUGAUUAGUUGGUCUGUUUGUUUCUUAAGUCUAAUUAGUCAUGGGGUAGAGCUUGUUGUGCUCUUAAACUGUAUUGCAUCCAACAGUAUAUCUUGGUUACUGACUGAGUAAAUUUAAGCUGAUAAAUUCCCUUAUUUGUAGCCUUUUCAACAUCUGAAAGAUAAAAGAGAGGUUUCUGGCUGUCUGUUCCUCCCAAACACAACUGAAUAAAUGCUGCUGAAGAGGGCAGAGUUGUUGUUUCAGGUUCCUUCUGGAGCCAACAAGCCAGCACCAAAUGGCAUCUGCAGAUUAUGACACUGUGGUUAUUCCCAGCCUGUGUGUUGAGCCGUGAGAAAUGGCAGCAUACUAUUUUUUUGGGGAGGCUCACUUCUAAUAAGCACUGGAUUCUUUCCUC